UGAGUUACAGUACUCUUGAUGGAUACAUCUAUCAUGUUGUAAUCUUGGAAACACCAGAAUGCUGUAAAUUAUAACUUCACACUGUAUUUCUGACCAGACCUCCGCCCUCCUGCUGCUCUCACUUAAGUGCCUCCUUUUUUUUGCACACUGCAAAAAAUAACAUCAGUUAUUCAUUUGAACUCGUAUCCUGAACUAAAUGCAGGACCUCCUGUCUGCCCCUCCUGCAUCAUCUGCCUCCCCGCGCUGCACCGCUGCUCCUCUCUUUGCCUCUCAUACAGCUUUCCAGGAGGACCAGUCCCUGUCAGACUCCCUCCAUACACACCCCAGCACGGACAGCUGCAGUGCCCACCUACAACCAUGGCUGCACGGGACACUUCUUCUCUACUCGUCGGACUUCUGGUCCUCUUUCACACCUGGGGAGCGUGGGCUGGUGUGGAGGUGAACAUGGAGGACAGAGUGGAGGUGUACAGGGGAGAGACGGCUCAGAUCACCUGCAUGUUCACAUCGUUUGACGGCGUCAGCGGCAUGCCCAUACAGUGGUUCUACACGACACGGUCGGGGAACAAGCAGAGAAUCUACUACCAGAACAGCACCAAGAAUGGUGUAGACGGAGGCACACCGUUCACAGACCGGAUCAGUGUGAACGGCACCGGAGCCAGUGGAGAGAUCGUGUUGACGAUCAACGCCGUGGAGCUGGAAGACGAACUGGAAUUUAUCUGCAGCAUCAAAACUGGGGAGGGACGCACACAGCUGAAGGUGUUCGAAACACCAGGCCCUCCCUCUAUUGAGGGUGUGCAAACAGGGAUCUCCGUCAAUGAAUACAGCAAGAUUGGGACCUGCGAGGUCAAAAAUGGCUUCCCCAAGCCGAACAUCGCGUGGUACAGAAACAACACACCGCUACGUGCUGUUCAGAAUGUGUUGAAGAUGGUGCCCAGCAUCACGACUGAAUCCAGCGGACUGUUCUCAGUUAAGAGCGAGCUGAGCAUGACGGUGAGGAAGGAGGACAAAGAUGAUCUGUUCUACUGCGAGGUCACCUACUUUGUUCCCGGAGGAUUAAGGAUGACCGAGACCAACCAAAUUAACAUCACUGUAUACUACCCCUCCACAGCUGUAAGUGUUUGGGUGGAGUCACCAAAGGGCAAAAUCAAGGAAGGGGACUCGAUCGAGCUUCACUGCAAUGGAAACGGGAAUAUGCCGUCCUCAAUCUUAUCAUUCUCAUACGGAGAGGGUAAGACUUUGGAGGGUAAUAUGUUGGUGCUGGACAAUGUGACCCGUCUCAACAGUGGAGUUUACCACUGUUCCUCUAUGGACACAGACACCUUUGAAGAAGUCUCGGGAAACACCACUGUGUUUAUCAACUAUCUUGAUCCUGCUGUUGUGAUGCCUAAAGACAGUGCUGUGGUGACCAUGGGAAAGGAAUUUAAGGCCACCUGCAACGCCCUCUCUUCUCUCCAGACACACACAGUCUGGUUUAAGGAUGAAGUGGAGGUUUCAGUGGGCCACAGUUUGAUCCUGAAGGACGCUACGUUUGACACAGCAGGGACGUACACGUGCGUGGUGACAGUUCCUGAGAUCGAGGGAAUGGAAACCAGUGGGACACUUGAUGUUAAUGUUCAGGGCCCACCACAGAUCAUUAACCCAGACUUCACAGAGGUGAAAAAGAGUUUGCAGGAGAUGGUCGAUCUGAGCUGCAAUGUCAGAGGUUUCCCUGCUCCCAGUGUUAUCUGGAGCACCUCUGAUGGAAAGAUCCUCAAGACAACAUCCCAAACGGAGACUAAGGAGGGCGUUGAGAGUGUGGUCAGCAUCAAGGUCACCGCUGACAUCACCGCUUUCUGUAAUGCCUCCAACGACUUUGGCAACGAUGCCGUGACCUUCAACAUCACAGCCAUUGAUCUAUUUUCAGCUAAACCUACCCCCACACCGGCCGCCACCACUACUAGCUCUACUAUUCCCGCCACUACUAGUAGUACUACUAUUCCCGACAACACUAGUAGCUCUACUAUUCCCGCCACUACUAGUAGUACUACUAUUCCCGACAACACUAGUAGCACUGCUAUUCCCGCUGCCACAGUCAAAGCAGAAAUCCCUAUCCUACCAAAGAAAAUCAAGAAAGAGGGCAAUGGUGUUAUCAUUGCAGUCAUCAUUAUCUGCAUCCUGCUGCUGGCCAUCCUGGGGAGUGUGCUCUACUUCCUCUACAAAAAGGGCAAGAUCUGCGGCCGGUCCGGCAAGCAGGACCUCACCAAAGAGAAGACGAGCAAAGAUAACAUCGUGGUGGAGAUGAAGAGCGACAGCACGGAAGAAGCUGUGCUCCUCGGGGUCAACGGAGACAAGCAAUCUCCCAGAACCCAGUGAAGAGCGGUGAGGAUGGAUGUACAGAAGUGAGGAGGCGACUGCAGACACACCCACAGCUGCUCCUGUUCGUCCCUCUCAGGCUCGAUGCCUUUAAGUUUCCACCACAGCUCCUUACGUCUCCUCAGACGCCUGUCAGUUAUUAUCAUGAUGCACGACUGAGACUCAAAUUAUUCCCAGCUGCAGCUUUUGCUUUACAUCCAGCACAUUUCAGUCGGAGUGAGCUUUAAUGAGAAGAGAUUUGAGCGCUCCAUGACGUAACCCUGCGAAUAAAUCUUUCACCUUCAAACCAAGAACUAUCCUUAGCCGAUGGAUCUCAUUACCACAAGCCUUGUACACUGCUGAUUGUCCGUACAACAAUAAUUGGAGCACAACAUUGAACAGGGACUGUUUUUAUACCCGACUACGCAUCACCUCAGGCAAAGUAAUCACUGAAGAGCAGCGUGAAACAGGUCUUUAUCAAGUGUACAUAUUAUAAUGUAUAUAUUUCUUUAUUUAAAAUAACACGAUAGGAAAAAAACCCAACCAAAAAUAAAAGACCAGAUAGUGUUUUAUUUUGUUUUAUGUGCUUUUUAUGGAGAGCAAGAAGAGCUUAGGUCGAUGUCAUGCUUUUAUUUUUUAAUAUUGCUUUGUCUGUUUCCCGCUUAAGUCUGUACACUGAAAUCUUUGGAGACGCCACGAUGCGUCUCCCUACAGCCAGUUACAGCCUCACCAAAGUUUUUCCUUUUUGACCCUGAAAACAAACAUUUUUUAAUCACACAUUCACAUUUGUAGUUUUUCCUUCUCAGCAGCUUACACUCCCCAGUUAUGUGUAUAUUAAAGAAGAUAUUUUUGUGAGACGGGUGAAUGUUUUGUCUGUUCAGCAUUUGACAUAGAAGGGUUAACAUUAUAUGUAGUUCUCUUAUACUUCACAGUCUAGUUUUGAUAUUUUCUCAGUGUGUGUGUUUGUGUGUGUUUGAGUUGAAGCAUUGCCAACAGCCAAGUUGAAAAGUCACAGAUGCCUUAGAAAUCAAAUCAAAGCCUGUAGAAAUAUCAUCAUUUGUAUUGUUGGUGUGUGUUUGUUUUUAAUGUUCAGUGCACUGAUUUCUUUGUGGUUAUUCUUCAUGCAGUGUGUCUCUAAUGUGAACGUAUGUGAAUGAAAAGUAUUUCUGUUGCUAGUUAUUUUUGAAGAGGAAGGAUGAGGGUAGAACAGAUUAUUGGUCCAUGGUAAAGAUGGUUCACGGCAUGAAGUUGCCCUCAUAAGGAAAAGACGCGUUUCUGUUUAAUGAAGUAAUUAAUAAAUUCUUUGACUGAAACUUGAAGUAAUCUUUAUGCUCCCAGAGAGACACAGAAUCCCCCUCAGACAUGAUGACUAACUACAGUAUAUGACUACUGAGGAGGGGUGAGUGACGCCACAUAUGCAAAUUAAGUUGGUCGACAAUCAACAAUGAAGACGCACAGAGUUCAGUGAUGUGCAGGUAUCCUCCAUACUGACCCUCCCUACCCUCUGUUAGUCUCUGUUCUGCUGUUUUUAAACACUACCACUGUUAACCCUUAUGUUGUGUUCAGCUCUGCCGUGACCCGUUUCAAGUUAAAAUUAUAACUAACCUAGUUUUUUAAAAUGAUCAUCCACAACAGCUAAAUAAACAUUUUGAUUUUGACCAUUUUAGCCAAUUCUGAAGGUCUCUCUAAAAAGAAGUAUCAUUUGGUGUGAAAUGUUGUGGCUAAAAUAAAAUUACAACAGGAUUGCAUGGUUAUGAAUGCAUAAUAAGUUGGUUAUGAUGUAAUAAAAACAACAUUGGAUGAUAGUAAUUACUUUAGCGUGUUUCGGACUGAGGGACAGAAACGGCUUUGGAACACAACACAAGGGGUUAAAUGGUUUUGGAUGUUUGAAAUCUGUAAAAAUGCCUUUUUGAGUUGUGAAAUGUAAAAUGAAUGUCAUGGUUGACGUUCAAACCAAUUUACCAACAAAUUCAUUGUUUGUAGUUUUUGAAAAUUAUACCAAAUAAAGAUUGACUGUUAAAUGAAAA